UGUUGAGGAAACGAAACCUAAAGCACCCCGACGUGUAAGCAGUUCUCUCUUCUAGGAUAAAUAUAACACGCAUUACAUAGUCCGACAGACAGAAACAACAACAAGGAAUGGCCUGUGCAAACGCUCCCUGGUCUGAGGAGAACUUUUCAUGUUCUAUCUGCCUGGAUGUGUUCAGCAGUCCAGUUUCCACUCCAUGUGGACACAACUUCUGCAGAACCUGUAUUACAAAGUACUGGGAUGAACAAGUCAAGUACAAAUGUCCCGUUUGUAACGAGCUUUACAACACAAGACCUGAUUUACGGGUCAAUACCCUCUUAUCAGAGAUGGUUCAUCGGUUUGGAACGUCCGUACGAGUAAAAGAGCAGCCUUGUGUUGAACCAGCAGAAGUUCCCUGUGACGUCUGUACUGGGACCCAGCUGAAGGCUGUGAUGUCCUGCCUAGUGUGUUUUAUCUCUUACUGCCAAACCCACCUGGAGCCACAUCAGAGAGUCACAGUCCUGAAGAAACAUCGGCUGGUCGAGCCUAUGGACCGUCUGGAAGACAGGAUAUGCAAGAAACACGACAGACUUCUGGAGCUCUUCUGCAAGACUGAACAGGUGUGUGUGUGUCAGUAUUGCACAGAGAAAGACCACAAGUCACAUCCUGUUGUACCUCUAAAGGAGGAAUAUGAAGUGAAGACGGCCCAGCUGGGGAAGAUAGAGUCUGAAGUUCAGCAGAUGAUCCAGGAGAGACAAAGACAUAUUCAGGAGAUUAAAGACACAGUCAAACGCAGCAAAGCAGACGCAGACAGAGAGAUAGCCGAUGGUGUGCAGGUCUUCGCCGCUUUGAUGCGCUGCAUUGAAAAGUGCCAGGAUGAUCUCAACCAAAUGGUUAAAGAGAGACUGAAAUCCACAGAGAAACAAGCUGAAGACCUCAUCAAAGAGCUUGAGCAGGAGAUAGAAGAUCUGACCAAUAGAAGCUCAGAGGUGAAGCAGCUCUCACACACAAAAGACCACCUCCACUUUCUCCAGACCUUCAGAUCCCUGAAGAAUCCUCCACCCACCAGGGACUGGACAACGGUGGAGGUCCGUCCUCCGUCAUACGGAGGGACCUGGAGGAGAUCCCUGGAUCAGCUGGAGGAGACACUGAACAUGGAGAUGAAGAAGCUGCGUGAUGCAGAACUGAAGAGGGUCCAGCAGUAUGAAGUAGAUGUGACUCUGGAUCCUGAUACAGCUCAUCCCAGGCUCAUCCUGUCUGAGGAUGGGAAACAAGUACAUCACGGAGGUGUAUGGAAGGAACUCCCGGACAACCCUAAGAGAUUUACACAGUGUGUUUAUGUUCUCACGAGGCAGAGCUUCUCCUCAGGGAGAUUUUACUUUGAGGUCCAGGUUAAAGACAAGACUGAAUGGUAUUUAGGAGUGGCCAGAGAGUCCAUCGACAGAAAAGGUGGGAUCAGAGAGACCCCUGAGAAUGGUUACUGGACUCUUUACUACGAUGAGGAUGGGUUGGUAUAUAAUGAUAACCCUGAUGUCCGUCUCCCUCUGAGAGCUGAGCUCCAGAAGGUGGGGGUGUUUGUCGAUUAUGAUGAGGGUCUGGUCUCCUUCUAUGAUGUGGAAGCCAGGUUUCAUAUCUACUCUGCUACCGGCUGCUCCUUUACUGAGCCUCUCUAUCCAUCCCUCUGUCCGUGUUUAUAUCAAGAAGGUACGAACUCUGCCCCCCUGAUCAUCUCACCUGUCAAUCAAACAGACUAGGACCUUUGUCAACCAAAACAACUGAUGUUGUUCCCUGAAAUCAGAAUCUCUACUAUGUGAAAUCUGUCCGAACUGUAUUCGUAUCGUACUUUUCACUGUCAUUAAACAAGGACCAUUAGCCACUAACACUGUGUACUAUAAACAAUAUUACCCAUUAUAACUUCUAAGACUACCCUAUAAUGUUCAAUGUCUUUUUAUCUGAAUUUUUUUUAUAAUUUUAAUGCUAAAAAUAAUGUGCAAGUACAUAAUGUGAAAUGUUAAAUUUGAUAAAAUUAUCAAGUCGUUUUUUUAACCAAAUAUAUUCCUUUAUUAUUUUGAACACAAUACAAUGUUUGUAAACUUUUGAGAUUUGAAUAAAAAUGUACUUAAAGUAGAAUUGGUACAUCUUCUGUGGAAUAGGUAAAUUCUCAGCACAAUAUGUAUUCAGUGGAAUAGGUACAUUCUCAGUACAAUAUGUAUUCAGUGGAAUAGGUUCAAACUCAGUACAAGAUGUACUGAGUGGAAUAGGUACAUUUUCUGUAAAAUAUUGUGGGUUUUAUGCUGAUGUGUGGUCGAGGCAUCCUCACCUGGCCGAGUCAGACUGAUUGGACUCUGGGGCUGGCUGAGGCUGCACACCUGUUGUCGAGUAAUCAAUGUCUCAACCACCAGGGGGUGCCCUAGUUCUGUAAACGCUGCAAACCUUUCAAAAUAAAAUCCCUGAAAAAGCCGCUGGCCAGAGGCGUACUCCC